AUGAAGGACUAUGAGCUGAUCCUGGUGAAACAGGAAAGCACAUGGGAAGAGGCUCUGGAAUACUGCAGACUGCACUACAUUGAUCUGGCUAUUCUAUAUGUAGAUGUUGUGAUGGGAGAGGCAAAGAUUGCUAGCACAUAUGCAAAGACAGACGAACUGUGGAUGGGUCUGCGUUUUUUAUCAGGCCAUUGGUUUUGGGUAAAUGGAGAGGAACUUCACUAUAAGGCCUGGUCUGUGGGGCAAGAGUUUCAGUGUCCUGCCAUGAAUAAGCGCUGUGGAGUUUAUCAUAGACAAGAGAUGGCCUGGAAACCUGAAGACUGUGUGAAGAAGCUCAACUUUCUCUGUGUCAAGAAGGCAUCCUAA